CCUGUGGAUUUGAUUUGUACAGGGCUGCCGUUUUACUGGCCUUACGCUGGAGAACCCAGAGAAAAUGAGUGAUGGAUUGGUUCAAUUGCAAUCCAGCUCUCACCAUAAAAAUCUGCUCAAUGCCAUGUGGAAGCUAAGGACCAUGGGAAACCUGUGUGACAUCACGGUACAGGUGGAUUUUCAAGAAGAGCUGGAGGAGUUUGAAGCCCAUCGGGUGGUCCUCGCCGCAUCCAGCGGUUACUUCGAGUCCCAUCUGUUAGCUAAUGACCAAGUGAAAAAGAUAUUCUUGUGUGACUUCUUACCACAUGCAUUUGAGAAAUUCUUAGAGUAUGCGUAUUUUGGAAAAAUCGAGGUGGAGAAGAGUUACAUCAGCACCGUACUGCAAAUGGCUAAACUCCUGAAGUGCCAGGACUUAGUGGAUGCUUGCGAGGCAGAAAUUCCCAGCGGCGUUUCAGAUGAAACCCUGCAGAAGGAUGGCGUGGAUUCAAAUACUCCAAAAACUGAAGUCAAGACCAAACAAGAACCUGUGAAAAGAGCGAUGAAGAGAAAAAAGUCUUUAAAAGUGCCUGAAAAUGUGAAGGAGACAGAACCAGACAGGAGAAGCAGGAGGUUAGCGGGUCGCAGAGUGUCUGUAGACUCUCCUCUGAAAAAGCCAAAGAGAAAGCAAGCAGAAACCCUUGAUGAAUCCGGCACAGCAGAAGAGGAGCAAACGCCCCAAGAUCCCGAGGCAGAAUCAUCACGGGACGCAUUGGGUGAAAAAGACACUUGCGAUGACACUGGGUCAGAAUCCGCUCAUGAUGUGCCUGAAGAAGACCCUCAAGAAUCAGACUUCCAGCCUAAUGAGGAAAUGGAUGAAGCCGAGAAGAAAAUCAAGAGAGGAACCGCAAAGUACAGAUGUGAGAAAUGCAGCCGUUCAUUCUACUAUGAAAAGAGCUAUCUGAAGCACUUGAAGGUCAACCACGGGGUCCAGAUGGACACCACGUUUCGCUGUGAUGUCUGCCAGCAGACGUUCGCCAACCGCUGCAACCUGAAAAUCCACCAGCGGCACGUGCACAAUGAUGAGAGGCUCUUCCCAUGCGAGAUCUGCAACAAAACCUUCAAGCGCAAGAAGGACGUGACCCGCCACAGGCGACAGGUGCACGAGGGCGGCACGGACAGACACUACUGCCACAUCUGCGGCAAAUCUCUGAGCUCCAAAACCGCCCUGACGCUGCAUGAGAGGACACACUCGGGGCACAAACCCUUCAAAUGUGAUGAGUGCGGAUCUAGAUUCUCCCAGAGUUCAGCACUCAAGACACAUCAAAGGAUCCACACUGGAGAGAAACCUUUCGCCUGUGACCUCUGUGAUGCCAGAUUUACCCAGAACCACAUGCUGUCUUAUCACAGGAGAUGCCACACAGGUGAAAAGCCAUUCAUGUGUGAGAACUGUGGGAAGAGCUUUGCAUCCAAAGAAUACCUGAAACAUCACAACAGAAUCCAUUCAGGAUUCAGACCCUACAAAUGUGAAACCUGCGGAAGAGCAUUUGCACAGAGGAACUCCCUCCACCAGCAUAUGAAAAUACACACUGGUGAAAGACCGUAUCAUUGUAAGGACUGUGAUAAGCAGUUCACUCAACUCAACGCCCUGCAGAGGCAUCAGAGAAUCCAUACGGGAGAGAAGCCGUACAUGUGCAGCAUGUGUGGAAGAACGUUUACAGACAAAUCCACCGUACGCCGGCACACCCUGGUAAAGAACCUGCCACUUUUCACAUUCAAACUCAAGGACAAGGCGGUGGCCGCUGUUUCCGAAGCGCAGGCUCCAGAGAGCGACACACAGAAGACCCAAGAAGUGGUGGCUGUGUCCGGAGAGCCCGUAACCAUUUCCGGAGACUGGGCCGGACCUGGAACCAUCGCGCUGGUCAGCCACACGGCCCUGGGCGGCCUCACGGUCAUCCAGACUGAAGUGCCCGCAGGCACGCAACUGCAGCCCUUAGUCACCACGGACGGCACCAGCGUGAUCUCUCUGGAUGCUUCUGUGGUCGGGAUGCCCGUGACCGUUCCCUUUUCCAUCCCCAUUUCAGUCGCACAUUCCAUCAGCGUGUCUCCAUCGAUAUCCGGUUCUGUGCCCAUCACCAUCACCAGUCACAUCUCAGACACCUUACUGGCUCCGGCAAUGACUGCGGCGACAUCAGAAGCUGAAGCAACAGAGAACGGUCUGACUUCGGCUGCAGUCGAUGGGUGUGUAUCGGUCCAGGCUGUUACGGUGGGAGAGAUGGACUGUGCAGACAUCCAACAGGAAGUCAGUGAAAGCAUACACACUGCAGAGACUUCAAACAACAUCGAAAUCUCAGUAGGAGAGUAGAUUCUACCUGAUUCAGUUGAAAAUACUCAAUCAUGUCACAAUCAAGCAUUGCUUUAAAUUAUCAGCUGUAAAUAAAUCUUUUGCUUUAUGAAACCAUCUAUAAUGUGCUUAACUAGUAGAAUUCUUAAAUCACAAUGUUAAAUUUUGCUUGGGUUUGUUUUUGACAACAUGUAUGAUUUUCCCUUCCAUUUCUAGGGUAUGUCUUGUCAUUAAAUAGUUUUUUAGUGAUUCUUGUAAAACCAAAAAACUUUUUUUUUUGUCAGUAAUGCUCUUUGCUAAUAUUUAUUAUGCUCAACACUACAAGUACAUAACACAAUUCUUCAUUUUUAGUAUCCUAUUAUGUGUAUAACCAUGA